GUGCAUUGCAGUGAUCUGGAUAUUUUCAUUCGCGUUUAAGAAGACAGCUGUCUAUCCGAAUCACUGGGCGAGAGAAACUAUUUUGUUUAUAUUUACUUCAAUAAUAUUGAAGUUUUAGCCUUGAAAGUUUGAAUACACCUUAUAUCAUUCAUCUGAAGAGCUUCCUCUCAUUUAUUAGGCACGAUGUUCUUUCUAAAUGUUGCUGUGCUGAUUUUCUCUGUGAUGUUCGUUUCUUCAAACCGGACGAGCAUUGUGACAAAGGAAAAUACCUCGCUAAAAGUCGAAAAAUCCUCAAUCCAACAAAUUCUCGUAAACCAGGAAACCUUGAUCAGACUGGAGUUGGAAAAGAAAGUCAAAAGCUUAGAAAAUGACGUAGCGAACUUAAAGAAGGAGAAUGAAGGUAUAAAACAGGGCUUCCUGAGCAAACUGCUGGUUCAGGAAAAGGAGCUGACGGACAUGAAAUCUCAGUUGAACGAGACUAUCGCGUUACGUGGAUCUGUGGAGGACUUGGACAUGAAAUAUACACGGAUAAGCAAGAAUCUAACAGAAUAUGCAAAACCAAUAGCCUUUGAGGCACGGAUGACAUUUAGUUCUCAAGGAAGUAAACGUUCGACGUUGAUAUUCGAUCACGUGAUCCUCAAUCAUGGCAACGGCUAUAGCAACGUAACCGGCAAAUUCACUGCUCCAAUGGAUGGCUUGUAUGUUUUUGGGUGGCAUAUUUUAGCCGUGUACAAAAUGGUAACGCACACUGCGUUGAUUGUGAACGAUAAAGAAAUCUCAGCUAACUAUUGUCACACGAAAGGCACCGAUGGCCACCAACCUUGCAGCAAAAUGGCGGUGGUGAAUCUGGCGACGGGAGAUACGGCGUGGAUAGCCUACACUGGUGGUGGAGAUUAUCAUACCAAUGCAUAUUAUUCCUCUUUCAGUGGUGUCAAAAUCUGAAGGUUUAGGAUCUUAGCGUGGUGUGAUUAUAAAUAGAAAACAAAGUAUAGGAUGGGCCACACAGUUUUUGCCAUACAGAUGUUCAGUGUAUUAAGCUUGAUAGUAUAUUGCAGUAUUAGUAGUACUAGUCAAAGUAAAGAGACAAUGACAAAGGAAUUACUUGCUAUCACCAACUUACUGUAAACCAACUUAUAUUCGCGUGUGAGAAAUCUUCGCGAGUUUCGCGAGAACCACCUCAUUGCGAAUAUUUCUCGCCGUGAACCAGCCAUUUGAUUUUUUCUUGUACAUGUACGUUCAAGAUUAUCUUCGUCGCGAAAAUUAGUAGCCGCGAACCAGUUCAUCACUAGUAACUCGCGAAAUAAAGUCGGUUUACAGUAUAAUGAAAUGGAUUGAAAUAAAUACGUUUGUUCUCUCACCGGUCAAGUUUCUAUAUGAGUGAAACAUUUUGAAAUGGAACGUAACAUCAAUACAAAAACAUCAUAAUUACAAAGGAUCUCAAUAAAACUAUUAGCUAACUCUGAUAUUAAUGAGACAGAGAACAGUUUAAAAUAAAUAAUAUUUUAUUAUGUAACAGUUUACCAUACAUGUAGAAAACUAGUGUACAAAUAUGUGACAUGUGAAAUACUGCAAUGUGAUUUUAUUAAAAAAUACAUAUAAGAAA